CUUGAAUCACCGUACACAAGUCCUUGACACGAACUAUUUAGUUAAAGAAACGAAAAUAUUGUCAGUUACUAUUAAAUAUUGGCGUGGUACAGAGGUGGGAUGGUAUGGGCUCCGUUCCGAGUUCUCAAGUAAAGGAUUCUUCAGUGGUUUAUUCUAACAGCUCCUGGAUGCAAUCACACAGCAAAGAAACUGUACUUGCAGCGUUAAAUAGAAUUGAAGAAGAAAUUGCCAAUAGCGAGAAGCAAUACCCAAUGCAAAGGCAUGCCGUGGUAAUGGCUGAGUUGAAAAGCAUUGAAAUAGAACUUAAGGAAUACGAUAUAGAUAAGGUUCUAACACCUGAUAAAGAAUUCUACGCAAAAACUAUGCACCAGGUGAUCGUAGGUUUGGAUUUGUAUAGAUGUCCCUUGUUAGCAGCUGAAAAUGAAGAUUUCAUCGCCAAUGUUAACAGAAAGGAGAUGCGUCGUUUCGAACUAAAGUGGCUGAAAGUCAGACAGAAAGAGUUAGAACGGGAGAGUCAGCUGCAUCAGACUCGGAUGGAGCACUUGAAAACUUUACACACGAAAUAUCAUCAGCUUUUAGAUUCAAUUUGGCUCAACAAAACUCGACCUGGUUCAUCCCUAGAGAUAGCAGUAGCCCGAAGUAAGGAAUUACGCGACGCCCUCGCUUCAGUGAGCGUGAGAUUACGCGCGGCUGCUGAUUACGUACAAAACGCGCUACGGUUGUUGGAUGACGCGCUACCAGCUUGGAAAAUGGCGUCUAUUGGAAAAAGUGGUUGGGAGCGUACCCAAUCGUGCGCACACGCGUGCAGUGAGCUCGUAAACGCGCGGUGUCUAGAGCGCAGUGCCCGUCGCGUGCUCGUCGCUCGAGCUGCGCCAAGGGCUGCAAGGACCUUCCGAUUGGCCCUGGAUUACGCGUUCACUGAUACUUUUCAUGAUCAUAGGUACCAAAGAGCAACUGAAACAAUCGUUCAAUUCAAGAAAGCUUUGAUUCAGCUGGUUUCUUCAAUUCACAAGGUACUAUUAAAUAACGUGGACAAUUUGGUUGCUGCUGAAAAGGAUCUGGUCGAGAAGAGGCGGGAACUUCGAGCGUUACGAGUAAACACUAUCAUACGACAGGGCUUGGCUGAAAUGCAAUAUAUGAAUGUAGACAAUAAAACGCAGCUAAAUAAAUGUUUUUAAAUGAG